UCCACGAUGUCUUCUAGAGGUGCCGACUCGUGUCGUAUAGUUUCGUAGGUUUCAGCGUGAUAAUCGCGUGCGCGCCGCUGUAGAGGGGAGCCUGACGAUUGGUCCUGGCGAUCGCCUGCCCCAGGCAAUGGAGACGAGCCUGAGGGCAUCUGUGACGAUAUGCGCGGCUGUGACUUUGACACGCAUUCCCUCAUGCGCUGGACCAUGCUCGCGAUAUUCGGUUUCGCGGGUUGUCCAAGCAUCAUCCCAUCCGAACUAGAUGCGCCAGCAAAAACGUCCUCUGUAGUGUCCUGCUCCGGCUGAAACACACCGUGGGUUCUCCGUUUCUUCCGGGUCGAUGCUGGGAACUCUACGCCACAGCUUGCCCAUCUCCGAAGUCCACUGACACUUCCAGCAGCAGCCAUGGACCUGGGUGACGAUUCGUUGAUGAGAUGUGCAAACGCCACGCUCUUGUUGGCGCUCGGUGUUCCCUUGUUGUUCGUAUAUCGUGACCACAGCUCCAUGGCAGGGUCGGCCUGGGGUGUUGUGAUGUCUUGCCUGGCGCCGUCCAGUCUGUGUUCGUCUUGCGACGGUCCGACGGGCGACGAGCUCCUCGCGCGCUUCUUGUUCUUCCUGGGCAAAGGCGUGUUCACUGCUUGUGAGCCUCUCCAUAUCAGCGUCUCUUCGGGUGAGGCGACGGGUUGCAGCACGUGUCUUGAGGAAUCGUCAACGUUGCCAACCAGGUCCGCAAGCGGCAGCCUCGUAGUGGCGGGAGUUGAUGGCGGCGGACAGUCGAGAACGGUGGGCAGUUUUGGAGUCUUGUUCGCGGUUGCUACAUCCUUCGCGACCCUGUUCGUCUUUGGUGUGCCCAUGGGCUUGGCUGUCUUUCCUCGCGCCGUAGGUAGAUUUUCCUUCUCGGCUUCGCGCUGUCGGAGGGAUUCGGCGGUGGGUGCGCCCUCGAUGAACUGGAAAGCUUUGAGCUUUGUGCGUGUCUGGGUCGAAGGCAUGAUCGGAGGGCCAGUAACUACCUGCCGAGCCUGCGGCGCCGUCUGGUUACUGUUCUGGUGGGGGAAGUUGCGCGGGCGAUUCCAUUGGCCCUUGUAAUGCUGCUUUGGCUUCUGGUUCUGGUCAAAGAAGGACCUCUGUCGCGUGGACAUGGAGAUG